UAUAUCUGUAUCUAAUAACUAAACAAACAUUAAAUCUUCGCCUUCAACAAAAUGUUCAAAUUCAUCGCUGUUAUCUUCGCUUUGAUUGCUUGCGCUGCUGCCAAACCUGGUUUGAUUGGUGCUCCUUUGGCUUACACUGCUCCUGCCGCCGUUGUUGCUGCUCCCGCUGGUGUUGUUACUGCCACUAGCAGCCAAUUUGUUGCUCGCAAUCACAAUGGUAUUGUCUCAACUCCCGUUGUUGCUCCCGUAGCCGCUCCUGUUGUUGCCAAGACUUUCGCUGCUCCCGUUGUUGCUAAGACUUUCGCUGCUCCUGUUGUAGCUCCUGCUGCCUAUGCUGCCGCUCCUUUGGCUUACUCAGCUCCUUUGCACUAUGCCGCUGCUGCUCCAGUUUUGUUCUAAGAUGCUUUAACUGUUGACGACUUUGUAUAGGAUUUUUAGUUAAAUAAAAUAGAUAAUUUAUUAAAGAAAA